CUAUCAGUAUAUUUUUCAAUGUUUCUUUAAUUUUUUAGUUCGUUGAAGUAGUAAAUUUUUUACAAUGGAACUACAUUUUCUUAUAAUUUAUAAAAUAAUACAUCAAGUUAAUUUUUAAUGUAUCUGUCGUGUUCUGUUACAAUUUAUUAAGGAUAAUUACGACAAAAAAAAUGGCCUGUCAAGUUGAAGAAAAAAAGUGGACUAAGAAAAAAGAAAAAGCAGUAGCUGAAGGGAAUUUUGAUAAUCUUUAUUAUUGUUGUAAAGAGUUGGCAGAUUUAUAUGUAGAAAAAGAGGAUUAUGAAUCAGCAUUAACUGAAUAUGAGCAAUGUGAAGAUGCAGCUCGUAGCUGUGGUGAUGAUAUUCGUUUAGCAGUUGCCAAUAGAAUGAUUGGUGAAAUGUAUUGUUACUUAAAUGAUUUUAAUAGUGCUAUAAAACAUCAACAAAUUCAUUUAAAAAUAUCCCAAACAAAAAACGAUAUAGUUGAACAGCAAAGAGCUUUAGCUACAUUAGGGCGUACACAUUACUUACUUUCAGAAAUGUGUGAUAAUAAUAAUGAAGAUGAUAAAAAAAGUAGGGCAUUAAAUAAAUCUGUUAUGUAUUAUCUGAAAAGCUUAGAAGUUUGUAGCAAACUCAGUAAAGAAGUUGGGACUAAAACUUUAUCAGAAAUGAAGGGUAGACUCUAUCUUAAUUUAAGUUUAUGUGAAGAGUCAAGUGGUGAUAUAAGUAAAUCAAUGGAUUAUAUUAAUAAAGCCUUAAAAAUAUAUUUUGAUUCAGAUUUAACGGAAGAAUUGUGUAGAUGUUAUUCCAUUAAAAGUUCAUUAUACUCAAAACUAAAUAAUUUUUCUAAAGCUAUUUCUUGUGUUGAUCAUGGCCUUCAAUUAGCCUCUAGACUUCAAAAUAAAAAAGUUAUUGGUACAGAGCUAUUAUUACUUAAAGCAGACCUUUUAGUUGAUAUUAAUGAUUAUCAAACAGCAAAAAGUACAAUGAUAAAGGCCUACAAAUUAAAAGUACCAUUAAAAGAUGAGUUUGAAGAAGUUGAAAAAAAACUUAAAAUUUUAGCUAUAAUGUGUAAAACAGAAAAUAACUUAUUAGUAGCAUCACAAAAUGAUUAUGAAAAACGCAAAGAGUUAAAUGAGAAACUUGGUGAUGCUUGUGUUGCAUUGAAUAAAUAUUCUAAAGCAAUUGCAUAUUAUGAGAAAAUGUUAGAAAAUUCUGAACGCUAUGGAAUUAAUGGUAAAGAUUUAGUUCCUUGUUAUGUUUCAUUAGCUCAAACAUAUAAAGAUAACAAACAGUAUUAUCAAGCAUUAGAAUAUUUUAACAAAGAAUUAAAUGUUUAUGACAGAAAUAGUAUUGAAGCAUGUAAAACCUUGUUAAAUAUUGCUGAAUGUAUGGAACUUUUGUAUGAUCCUCUUGAAAAAAUUUGGCCAAUAUAUGAAGAAGCUAAAUCCAUAGCAAAAAAUCAUAAUGAUGGCCAUCUUCAGUUAUCAGCUGUCAAAGGAAUGAAAUGUCUAGCUGAAAAUAGAGAUAAAACUGAUAUGAUUAUUGCUUUAAAUGAAGAGUUAAAUUAUCUAAUGAAAUUUGAAACAGAUUCUCCUGAUUUAGAAAAAGAUGUACCUGAAAUAUGGGAUGAAAUCUCUGUAAAAGACUUGUCUGAUUUUGAAGAUGAAGAGAAUGACAAAAGAAGAAAAAGACAUAAACUAACAACAAUACCCGAAAAGAAAAAUGAGAAAGGGGAAACUCCUAUUAUUCCCGCAUGUGCCAAAGGAAAUGUAAAAUUGGUUUUGAGUCUUUUAAAACAAGGGCAUUCAGUUAAUGCUGGAGAUGCUCUUGGUUGGACAGCAUUGCAUGAAGCAAGUAAUUAUGGUCAUGUUGAUAUAGUUAAUGUUCUUUUGGAUCAUGGGGCAGAUAUAAAUCAUAGAGGUGGACCUGGUUGUGAUGGUAUUACGCCUUUACAUGAUGCUGCUGCUUGUGGACAUUUAGAAGUUAUUGAUUGUUUAUUAGAUAGAGGAGCAAAUCCAUUAGUUAGAACAAAUAAAGGUGAAACACCUCUAGACUGUCUAAUAGCUUGCCGCAAUAGAGUUAUAAUAGAAGAAAAACGUGAAUUGAGCCCAGAUCGAUUAGCUCAUUUUUGGGCAAUAGUUGAUCGUUUAAGUGAUUGUUUGCGUAAAGCUGGCCAUAUUCCAGCAGUUCCACCUAUAAAUGUUGAAGAAAUUCUUAAAAAUAAAGAAAAACCUGAAGAUAAUUAUUUAGGAAUUAUUCCUGAUAAUAGAAGACAAAAUAAAAAAUGUUCUAAAACAAUAACUAAGAAAGAAGAAAACUUUAAAGAAGUAGAAGAUUUCAAUGCUGCAGAAGAAUAUAAAAAUACCAUUAAUCAAUUAAGAAAUAAUAAUAAAAGAAGAAGAGAUAAUAAUGAAAUUCUUUAUGAAAUAUCUCAACCCCCAUUAGUAGAACAUUCAGUCGAUGACUGGUUAGAGGAAGACAUCAUUUAUAAACCAAAAAAAAAACAUUGUGGUGAAAAAUCUGGUGGUAGUGCUUCGCCAACUAUGGAUGUCUUGUUUGAAGAUGAUACUAAUGAUUGUUUUGAAGAUGAUAAUAAAUUGGAAAAUAUGAUAACUGACUUUGAAACUAAAAAUGAAUCUAGCCCCUUAUUGAUUUCUGAUGAAGAUUCUAAUGAUUUUUCAAUUUGUAAUAAAAAUUCUGAUAAUACUUCACUUAUAAAUAAAUUAAAACAAAAUGAAAUUUAUACAAAUAAAUAUAAACCUCUUUUACUCUCUACUAGUAAUAAAAAAAGCCAACAAAGUAAGUUGGAACAUCAAGGAUUUGUAAGUAUAAAAGCCAUUAAUUCAAAAAGUCAUUUGGAUUCAAAUGGUUAUGUUUCAGAGACAGGUGUAAACUCCAUAAAAAAAGAAGAUACUUUAAAAAAUGUUAAUAGUACUAUUAAGGUUCGUGUUGAAAAUAGAUUAUUUCUCAUUCCUAUUCCUGAUACUGAACAAAACUUAAAUUUAAAGUGGUUAGCAACUGAAGCUUCACGGCGUUAUCAUAAGCUUGAGAGUGUUACACCAGUUUUAAAUUUGACCACAGAAGAUGGUGCUAUAUUAGAUGAAAAUGAUCCAAUCAAUUUGAUAAUUGGAUUUCAAGAAAUUAUUGGUGUUGUUGUUGGUUGGAGUACAGAAUCACUAACUGAUAUGUACAAGAAAUCAUCAGUUGAUUCGAAUGUUAUUUUUGAUGAAAAAAUUUCUCAACACUUAGAAGUUUUGCAAGCAACUGGUAUGUUAAAUAUGUCUAAUCACAUAUUUAAACGAAACAGUUUGAAUAUUGCUCUUAAUGUAGCAUGCCAUUAUCAAAGUUUAAAAGUAUUAUGUUUGUCUGGAAUAGCAUUUGAAGAUAGUGGAAUGAAAUUGCUUUCUGAAAAUCUAUCUAAUUUACAACAAUUGAACAAAUUAGACAUAAGUUGUAAUAAUAUAAGCUCAAAUGGUUUAAGUUCAUGGGCAACAAUUGCAAUUAAAAAUAAAAGUUUGAUUAGUUUAGAAUUUUUAGAUCUUAGUUACAAUCCAAUUUGCAAUGAUGGUCUGUCAAAUCUUCGGACAAUAAUUCAAUGUGCUUUGAACCUAAGAUCAUUAAUUUUAAGAAAUGUUGAUAUUGAUCAAGACUGCUAUGAUUAUGCAUCCGAGUUAUAUUUAGAUAAUCUAGAAGAAUUAGAUUUAAGUUAUAAUAAAUUGGGGCGAACUGGUGUAUCUGGAUUUUUUACAAGAUUAGAUCCAAUGAACUUGAAAUAUUUAAAUGUUUGUAAUACUGGAACUUCAAUGGUCUUACGUGAAUGUGUUUUAUUUUUGGAACGUAGUCAAGCAGAUAGACUUCACUCCAUUGAUUUAUCAAGUCUUGAUCUUGAUGAUGAAGACAUAGAUGUACUUUGUAAUUGUUUGGGAUCUGUUGGAAAUUUAGAGAACUUGUGGUUGACAAACAAUCCUAGAGUUACUCAAAUCAGUUUAGAACGGAUUAAGCAUUUAAGUGUUAAAUUUGUAUAUAUGGCUGGUUGUAAACCUGUGGAUAUUUCUUCAGUUGAAAAUAUAAGUUUAGAAAAAAUGUCUCUGUCUGCUCAUGGACAUUCUAAUUUAUUUAAAGACGCUCCAUACAAUGUUAAAAUAUCUCUGUGAUAACUAUUUAUUUUAUUAAAUUUGUGUAGUACUUAAUUAUGUAGUAUACUUGAGUAAAUUAUAAAAUUUAUAAUACUAACUAACUUUUAAAAAAAAAAGUUAACUUGUAUUGAAUAAUUUAAGUGAUAAUUGUAUUAUAAUAAAGUAUUUGUACUUUUAUAAAUUUUACUUUUUAUAUAUUAACCUUUAAUUAGACUGUCUAUGUUUUUAAAUUAA